AUGUUAUGCCUGUUCUUCGACGUCUUAAUGUCCCUUUUUAUUGAUAUCGAUGAUUUAAAUCUUAUUGGUUCAUCACCACUUUUUACUGAUCAUCGUACAAUUGAUGUUCAUUUCGCUUUUAAUCUUAUCAAUUGUUCACAAUACCUUGAAAUGACACAAUAUAUACCACGUGGUAGUGGUUUUCAUCCACGAGAAAUAAUUGGUGUAACUUUCGUUGUUAAACAUUGGUCUAGUAGAUCCAAAUGGCUCGCUAAUGGUAAUCCUUCUAUAAUGGAAAAGUUAUGUUCUUUAUAUUUAUGGACUCGUGAACGUCGAUAUCAUCAUCAUAUGUGGUAUACUCUUCUGUGGGCAUUUGAUGAAUUCUUUCACGAUUAUCUUCCAGAGAAAUGGAUCAUUAAAAUACAAGUAUUUGAACAACUUUCUCACAAUACAACGACAAUUGAUCAAUCAUCUCUUCGUAGAUUAGAUGCAUGUGGUCAAACUUUAGCAUUACCUAUAUAUACUCUUUGCCUCAUACCUAUUCAUAUGCAUUUAUCUGUUCUGCGCACUAUAACUCUCGUGAAUAGUAUUCAGUGCCUGAACAAACGUUCUUUAUUUCCACCAACUAUUCGUUCUAUUUGUAUUCUACUUUUUUAUUCUUAUCCUAACUAUAUGUUACCAAACUGGUCAGUAGUUUUGGAUUCACUUUCAAGUUUUUCACAAUUGAAAUCGUUACAUGUAUUUAUGUAUGAUUUACCAGAAACUAUCGAUGAUAAAAGUUGUCAAAUGAUUGUAAGGACAGCACCAUUAUUCAACGAUUUUGCCUUUUGCUUUCGAUAUAAAUUCGGUUUCUUAGAAGGUGAUGAACUCGAAGCUGUAUUCAAAGAUCAUGCAAAAUUUAUUAGACAAUUAUAUCAUUAUAUUUGA